AUGGUCGCCCUGGAGCAGCCGGAGGGCGGCCCGGAGGCGGCGGCGGCGGCCGGGGGCGGCCCGGGCGGGCGGCGGACGCUGCACCUUGCGGGAUGCCUGCCCGCCCUAGCUGGCCCCCAGGUGAAGAGGUUCUCGGCCUCCAAGCGGAAGCAGCACUUCAUCAACCAGGCCGUGCGGAACUCAGACCUGGUGCCCAAGGCCAAAGGGCGGAAGAGCCUCCAGCGCCUAGAGAACACUCAAUACCUCCUGACCCUGCUGGAGACGGACGGGGAUGCACGCGGCCCGGAAGAUGGGGACCUGGCGCCCCCCGCGGCACCUGGCAUCUUUGCGGAGGCCUGCAGCAAUGAGACCUACGUGGAGGUCUGGAAUGACUUCAUGAACCGCUCCGGGGAGGAGCAGGAGCGGGUCCUCCAAUACCUGGAGGAUGAGGGCAAGACCAAGGCCCGGAGAAGGGGUCCCAGCCGGGGGGUGGACCGGAGGAAAGAGGACCCAGCCUACACCCCCCGAGAGUGCUUCCAGCGCAUCAGCCGGCGCCUGCGAGCCGUUCUCAAGAGGAGCCGCAUCCCCAUGGAAACGCUGGAGACCUGGGAGGAGCGGCUGCUGGGGUUUUUCUCAGUAUCUCCCCAAGCCGUGUACACGGCCAUGCUGGACAACAGCUUUGAGAGGCUGCUCCUCCAUGCUGUCUGCCAGUACAUGGACCUCAUCUCAGCCAGUGCCAACCUGGAGGGCAAGAGACAGAUGAAGGUCAGCAAUCGGCAUCUGGACUUCCUGCCCCCUGGGCUGCUCCUGUCCGCUUACCUGGAGCAACGCAGCUGA